AUGUCUGACGACAACGACGUUACGCUACAGACUUUCCGAGCUCUGGUAGAGAACGCGGACCACAAGUUCGCUAGGGUUCGCGACGCACCGGCUUACGGUCGUGUGAACCAGAACCACUUCUUCCACAAGGUUUUCAAGGCUUACACGCGCUUAUGGAAGUACCAGCAAGAAAAUCGCGCGAAGCUUGUUCAGUGCGGUCUUAAACGAUGGGAAAUUGGCGAGAUCGCGAGUCGGAUUGGUCAGCUCUACUUCGGUCAGUACAUGAGAGCUAGCGAAACGAGGUUUCUCGUUGAGGCUUACGUCUUCUAUGAGGCUAUACUUAGCAGAAGGUAUUUUGAAGGAUCCGAAGGUUCGUCGAAAGAUCUAGGAGUUCGGUCCAAGGAGUUGAGGUUCUAUGCAAGGUUUUUGCUGGUUUCGUUGAUUCUGAACCGGACUGAGAUGGUCAAAUAUCUCAUGGACCGGUUCGUGGCUUUGGUUGAUGAUUGCAAGAGUACUUUUCGGGAUACUAACUUCAAAGAAUGGAAGCAAGUGGUGCAAGAAAUUGUCCGCUUCACAAAAGCGGACAAGGGCUUUAGCUUCAGGCCUAUGCGCUAUUGUGCUAUAUUUGACUCUCAUCAAGCUUCUCUUCCUUAUGUGGCUCGCUUCCAUGCAAAAAGGGUUUUAAAAUUUCAUGACGCACUCUUGGCAAGCUAUCAUCGAAAUGAGGUCAAAUUUGCCGAGCUUACAUUGGACGUCUAUAGAAUGAUACAAUGUUUAGAAUGGGAGCCUAGUGGAUCAUUCUACCAAAAGCGUAUAGUUAGACCUAAGGAGAAUGGUGAUGUGAUUGAUCAUUCAGGAGCUUCUGGGAUAAUAGACAUGAACCUUGCCGCAGAUAUGACAGAUCCAAACACACCUUCUAAUCCUACAAAGGCUACCUUGUAUCGUCCAUCUGUGACACACGUGAUAGCAGUUAUGGCCACAAUUUGUGAGGAGCUUCCUUCAGACAGUGUUGUGCUAGUAUAUCUUUCAGCCCCAGGUAAGGCUGGUGUUCAUAAUGGUGGGCCGUCCAAAUAUUCAAGACACAAAGUCCUUUCUCAGUCUUCCGAUGAACUAAACUCUGGAAUAUCAGAAUCUCAAAAUAAUGGCAAGAGUGAAUCAAGUGGUCAUCAUGAGAAUUAUCUGUGGUUUGGUCCCAAGGGAAAUAGUGGUUCAAAUAACCUUUACCCUGGCGAUCUUAUUCCCUUCACCCGGAAACCUCUUUUCUUGAUUAUUGAUAGUGAUAACAGCCAUGCAUUCAAGGAAUUACAUGGUGCUGAAAGGGGAGAGAUGGCUGCUCUAUUUCUCUCACCUUUAAUCCCGGUUUUUAAGAACCCAGCUGAUGUAAAUGUACAUAAUGGAAGCCAAUUUACCUUUUUCUUGACAGCUCCUCUAUCAGCAUUUUGUCAAAUGAUUGGUCUCAUUCCUAAUGAGGCUGAUACAGAUGUCUACAAUGAAGCUGAGAACAUAAUCGCCGAUGCUUUCUCUGAGUGGGAAGUAAUUCUUUGCUCAUCAACUAUCAUGGAUUUAGUAUGGGCACAAGUUAUAAACGACCCGUUUUUAAGGCGACUUAUUUUAAGAUUCAUAUUCUGCCGAUCCGUGAUAUCUUUUUUCUGCCCACCUGAAGAAAGUGAACUACAUCUGCCGCUUUGCCUACCCCAUCUACCUACUUCUGUUGCACCAAAGUCUGAAGCAGUGCGUUCUGUUGUCGUGCAACUUGCCAAGCUCUUUGACGUUACUGACUCCUUUCAUUUCAUUGAUACCUAA